AGCAUGACUAGAUAGCAAGUGUCUGAAUCAGAAUCCUGGUUUAUUUUAAUUUGCAAAAAAACUAAGUUGUUAUAGAGAGAUUCCUCCAAUUUUCAACUUCCACCGUGACCAUACUCACGUGAAGCUUUGUCAAGAUAGAGAGUGUGUACUUCAACAACAAGAGUACACAAACUCUCUCAACAACACCAGUGAUAUCUGUGUAUCCAUGGAGGCCAAGAACUUGUGGCGCUUCCUGGUUCUUUCAACUGGCGUGGCAAUAAUUUCACUUCUUAGCUGGCUUCACCUUCCAUCAUCAUCAUCUUCCAACAAGGAGGUUCUGAACUGCAACCUUUACUCUGGAUGGUGCACCUCAAAGAACCGCUUCUAUUCCUCAGCACGGCCUAAGGAAAUCAAGAAUCCAUCACUUUCCACUCACGACCACCGGUCAGAAAUCCCUCAACACCCUCUUGACCCUCUAACAAUCCAAGAGUUCAACAGGGUCAGAACCAUCCUCUCUUCUCACCCUCUCUUCAAGUCAUCAUCCAGCUACACUCUAAACUCUGUGGUCCUUGAAGAACCAGACAAAAAACUAGUCCUCAAAUGGAAAAAGGGUGAUCCACCCUUGCCAAGAAAAGCUUCCGUGGUUGCAGCUUUGAAGGGGGUCUCUCAUGUGCUCACUGUGGACCUCGAAAUCAGCCAGGUGACAAGCCACGAAACUGGCUCAGCCUCGGGGUACCCCACCAUGACUGUGGAAGAAAUGGUGGGGGUGCUGGAGGUUCCCCUCAAGAGCACCGAGUUCAACCGUUCAAUCACCAAACGCGGUGUGAAUUUAGCAGACCUGGCUUGCUUGCCAAUCUCUUCAGGGUGGUAUGGGACACCGGUGGAGGAGAAUAGAAGGUUGAUCAAGGUGCAGUGCUAUUCCAAAGAAGGCACUGUGAACUUCUACAUGAAACCUAUUGAGGGUGUCACUGCCUUGGUUGACAUAGAUAGAAAAGAGGUGCUGGCUAUUUCAGAUGAUGGCCAAAACAUCCCUGUGGCUAGUGGUGCCAACACUGAUUACCGUUACUCCGUUCAGAAGCUGAAUGGGGAGUUGAGGCUGCUGAAUCCAAUAUCCUUGGAGCAACCUAAAGGUCCAAGCUUUACUGUUGAUGGGCACUUGGUGAAGUGGGCAAACUGGGAAUUUCACCUCAGACCUGACCCAAGAGCAGGGACCAUAAUUUCACAGGUCAAGGUGAGGGACCCUGACACAUCAAAGAUGAGAAAUGUCAUGUACAAAGGUUUCACCUCUGAGCUAUUUGUGCCUUACAUGGAUCCCACAGAAGGGUGGUACUUUAAGACAUAUAUGGAUGCUGGUGAGUAUGGAUUUGGGUUGCAAGCAAUGCCAUUGGACCCCUUGAAUGAUUGCCCUCGGAAUGCUUACUACAUGGAUGGUGUGUUUGCAUCUUCUGAUGGAACACCUUAUCUCCAACCCAACAUGAUUUGCAUCUUUGAGAGUUAUGCUGGUGACAUUGCUUGGAGACAUGCUGAGUGCCCCAUCACUGACCUCAAGGUUACUGAAGUGAGGCCGAAGGUGACACUAGUUGUGAGGAUGGCAGCUGCAGUGGCAAACUAUGACUACAUCGUGGAUUGGGAGUUUCAAACCGACGGGCUAAUCAGAUCAAAGGUUGGACUGAGUGGUAUCUUGAUGGUGAAAGGAACUACCUAUGAGAACAUGGACAAAGUUCCCUACCAAGACUAUCUUUAUGGAACCCUUUUGAGCGAAAACAUUAUUGGUGUAAUCCAUGAUCACUAUAUCACAUAUCACCUAGACAUGGACGUUGAUGGGUCAGACAAUUCAUUUGUUAAGGUGAACUUAAAGAAGCAAGAGACGAGUUCAGAAGAAUCACCCAGAAAGAGUUAUUUGAAAGCAGUUAAAAAAGUGGCAAAGACAGAGAAAGAUGCUCAAAUUAGACUUCAACUGUAUGAGCCAUCUGAGUUUCAUGUGGUGAAUCCAUUGAAGAAAACAAGGGUAGGGAACCCUGUUGGGUACAAAUUGGUUCCAGGUGCCACAGCAGGUAGCUUGCUGGAUCCAGAAGACCCACCACAGAAAAGAGCAGCCUUUACCAAUAAUCAAAUAUGGGUCACCCCUUACAACAAGAGUGAGCAAUGGGCCGGUGGCUUAUUCGUUUAUCAGAGCAAAGGAGAUGAUACUCUUCAAGUGUGGUCCAACAGGGAUCGUGGAAUUGAGAAUAAGGACAUAGUAUUGUGGUACACAAUAGGAUUUCAUCACAUACCAUGCCAAGAGGACUACCCUAUAAUGCCUACUGUGUCAUCAAGUUUUGAUUUGAAGCCUGUUAAUUUCUUUGAGAGAAAUCCGAUCCUUGGAGUGCCUCCUAAUUUUGAGGAAGAUUUACCUGUUUGCCAGGCUCAUAAAUCAGCUUGACCUAGAUGCAUGCUUUAUUUAUACAUCAAGAAAAUAUUGUGCCCAAACAUAUAUUUAAAUAACUAGUAAGGACACCCAAAAUUUGGACUAUCAUGUUAUACUUUUAAAAUUUUAGAAGGUGACUUGAAUCCAAAAUGUAUAUUGUAUUAUCCUGGUCGAUAUUAUUAGUUUAAAUAAAUCAAUAUAGAAAAUUUAUAAUUAA